CGGAUAUUUCUACAUGUGAUGCCCCUCCCCUCCGCCUGUUACUCGGGUUGGGCCGCACUAGUGUAAUAUUCCAUUGCGCGCCGGGAGCUGUUGGUCAGCGCUUGUGUCUCCUCCUCACUAUGCAAAGUUCCCCCACUGGCCGCUGCUAAGUAUGUUCUCAGUGAGAGACUACAGACAGCCGGGCAAGCGACACCUGCGCACCGACUGAUCCCCUCAAACUUGCCCGCACUUCCCCAGCCGAUACUCUCCUGCCUGACUCUGUGGGGGACGCCUGUCUAAUCGCAUCAGUGGGAGUCUGAGUGGAAGUCAGUGAGAGACAAAGUGACAAGCGAGUGCAGGAGGGACAAGGGAACUUACCUGCCGCAACUCAUGUACGUAUAAUUGUCCCUGUGGGCAUCCAGCUAACUUUCGUACUACCAGACGUCUUGACCUGCAUUGAAUUUAGCUUUCAGGUCUAAAUAACCCUCAGAAUGGGGAAACAGAACAGUAAGCUGCGGCCUGAGGUGCUACAGGAUCUCCGGGAAAACACAGAGUUCACAGACCACGAAUUGCAGGAAUGGUACAAAGGCUUCCUGAAGGAUUGUCCCACCGGGCACUUAACGGUCGAAGAAUUCAAAAAGAUCUACGCCAACUUUUUCCCGUAUGGCGAUGCCUCAAAGUUUGCGGAGCACGUGUUCCGUACGUUCGACACUAACGGGGAUGGGACAAUAGACUUUCGGGAAUUUAUCAUCGCCCUUAGUGUCACCUCCAGGGGGAAGCUGGAGCAGAAGCUGAAAUGGGCAUUUAGCAUGUACGACCUCGACGGCAAUGGCUAUAUCAGCCGCGGGGAGAUGCUGGAAAUCGUGCAGGCAAUAUACAAGAUGGUCUCAUCAGUGAUGAAAAUGCCAGAAGAUGAAUCCACUCCAGAAAAAAGAACAGACAAGAUCUUUAAGCAAAUGGACACAAAUAACGAUGGUAAACUUUCCCUUGAAGAGUUUAUUAAAGGUGCCAAGAGUGAUCCUUCGAUCGUCCGGUUGCUACAGUGUGAUCCGAGCAGUACAAGCCAGUUCUAACCUACCCCCCCCCCCAACCAUACGGACUAUCGCAACAGGCCAUGUGGCUUGUGACUCAAGCUCUGCUUGCAAGUGGAUGCCUUCUCCAUCGUUCCUCUACUUGUAGUGGAUCCCGACCCCGUCGCCAGAUUGUUUUCUACGUGUAAGAAAGAAAACAGCCUUGCCCUCUCUCUUUAUUUCCCAGUGUCCACAUUCCUUCUCUCCCGCAUCCAGUCUCACUCAAACCUAUGUUUACAUGCAGAUACAAAGGAAUUGUACUCCUGCCGAUGUCUCGCUGCCCUGGAUUAUUAUAUACGUGGAAUAUUACGGUGGUGCCACGACACUACGUUGAACUCUUAUUUGAAUAGAAUAAGCAGAUCGUGUUUUUUUCGCUUUGAAACAAAAUCUAAGCGAUAUGGACUCAAUUUUGAAAGCACAAGAAAAUACACUUUUUUUUUCUUCUUCUUUGAAGAGAAUCGCUUGGAAGUUCUUUAAUAAUAAAUGUCAUAUAUAUAUAUAUAAAUAGAUCUAUCUAUACAUAUUUGUUUAUUGUGUAUUGCUCUCAUCUGUGAAUAUGUGCUCAUUUUGUUCAUGCGUAAGCCCUUGAAUGCCAUAGAUUUAACUGGGGUAAUGUAAUAAACGUCGGCAAGGUUGCACCAAGUCUAGUAACUAAUUAUGGGCGAAUUUGUCCCGUUUCACUUUGCAGCGAAAAAUUCACGAAACUGCAAUUUUUACGCAGUGGACAAUUCACCGUCGUCAAAGUUGACGCUGGCGCCCAUUAAAGUAAAUGGACCACCGUCUGUCUAAAUGGGCGUCGGAGCCAUUGACGACGUCGAAACUGUCACCGGAAUUUUCGCCAUGAAUUUUUGUAGGAAAAUUUGCGAAUUUAUUCCCUGGUGGCGAACUGGGCAAAUUCGCUGCGAAUUCGCCCAUCAUUACUAGUAAACCAUAGCAACCAAUCAGAUGCUUGCCUUCAAACAGUUACUUAUUUGCUACUUUUGGUUUUUAGACAUAGUGUCAUUUUGUUUCUUUUUUUUAUACUUUUAUUACAUUACCCCCCAAAAACGUCUUUAGGCAUUUAAGUAAUUAAAGGGGAGCUUCGCCUAAAAAUAAAUGUUGGCAAUUU